AUGUCGGGGAUGGAGAGGCUUCAGAGGAUGUUCGCUGGUGCAGGCGGAGCCCUAGGUCACCCCCCACCGGAUUCCCCCACUCUCGAUUCCUCCGAGCAGGUUUACAUAUCCUCUCUCGCGCUUCUCAAAAUGCUUAAACACGGAAGAGCUGGGGUACCCAUGGAAGUGAUGGGUCUGAUGUUGGGGGAGUUCGUGGAUGAGUACACCGUGCGCGUUGUGGAUGUGUUUGCGAUGCCUCAGAGUGGGACCGGUGUUAGCGUUGAAGCCGUUGAUCAUGUUUUUCAGACUAAUAUGCUUGAUAUGUUGAAGCAGACUGGAAGGCCGGAGAUGGUUGUGGGGUGGUAUCACUCGCAUCCUGGAUUUGGAUGUUGGCUUUCUGGAGUGGAUAUUAAUACCCAACAGAGUUUUGAGGCUUUAAAUCAACGUGCAGUGGCUGUGGUGGUGGAUCCCAUUCAGAGUGUUAAAGGAAAAGUGGUAAUUGAUGCUUUCCGGCUGAUUAAUCCACAAACUAUGAUGCUGGGUCAGGAACCACGGCAGACGACUUCAAACCUGGGCCAUCUGAACAAGCCAUCUAUCCAAGCUCUGAUCCAUGGCUUGAAUAGACAUUAUUACUCCAUAGCCAUUAAUUACAGAAAGAAUGAACUUGAAGAGAAGAUGUUGCUUAACCUUCACAAAAAGAAGUGGACUGAUGGUUUGACACUCAGGCGCUUUGAUUCACAUUCUAAAACUAAUGAACAGACUGUUCAGGAGAUGCUAAAUUUAGCAACCAAGUACAACAAAGCAGUGCAGGAGGAAGAUGAGCUGCCACCAGAAAAACUCGCAAUUGCAAAUGUGGGAAGGCAAGAUGCUAAGAAGCACCUUGAAGAGCACGUUUCCAAUUUGAUGUCUUCAAACAUUGUUCAGACUUUGGGAAUGAUGCUCGACACAGUUGUUUUCUAG